GGCCGCCAUGGGCGGGCGUGAGGGCGGACUCCUUCCCGCCCAGCCUCCCUCCGCCCCGCCGCCGCUUCUCCCCGCCCGGCCCCAGCGCCGGGGCCCGGCUCGCAGCCCCGCAGGCCGCGCCGCCAUGGGCGCCGCCCGCCGCUGCCGGCCGCUCACGCUGCUGCUGCUGUGCGCGGCGGCUUGGGGGCCGUGUGUCUCGGGGGCGCUCCGCUCCCCGCAGCGGCGGUGGCCGGUGCCGUACAGGCGCUUUGAUUACCGUCCAAAAACUGAUCCUUACUGCCAAGCUCGUUACACCUUCUGUCCCACUGGCUCUGCCAUUCCAGUUAUGAAAGAGGAGGAUGUCAUUGAAGUGUAUCGAUUACAGGCUCCAGUAUGGGAAUUCAAAUACGGGGACCUCCUAGGACAUUUGAAAAUUAUGCAUGAUGCUGUGGGUUUCAAGAGCUCUCUAACAGGCAAAAACUACACAAUGGAGUGGUAUGAGCUCUUCCAGCUUGGGAACUGCACGUUUCCACAUCUCCGGCCUGGCAUGGAUGCUCCAUUCUGGUGUAACCAGGGAGCUGCCUGCUUUUAUGAAGGAAUAGAUGAUGCACACUGGAAGGAAAAUGGAACUUUAGUUCUUGUGACCACAAUAUCAGGAACCAUGUUUAAUGAAAUGGCAAAAUGGGUAAAAUACGACAACGAGACUGGCAUUUACUACGAGACCUGGACAGUUCAAGCAAGUCCUGACAAACAUUCAGUAGUGUGGUUUGACUCUUACGAAUGCUCUAAAUUUAUACUGAGAACGUACCAGAAGCUAGCUGAUUUAGGAGCCGUGUUUAAGAAGAUACAAACGAACUAUACCAGCAUAAUUUUAUUCAGUGGAGAACCUAUUUAUUUGGGAAAUGAAACAUCUAUUUUUGGACCUCUAGGAAACAAGACAUUGGCAGCAGCUAUAAGAGACUUCUACUCCCCAUUCAAACCUCAUCGGACGGUCAGAGAGUUUUUUGUGGAUCUUCUAAAAAUAAUUGAUCGUGUCAUCUUGAAUAGUCAGUUUUACCUCUUCUACAACUUGGAAUACUGGUUUUUACCUAUGAAGUUCCCUUAUCUCAAAAUAAUUUAUGAAGAGGUCCCUUUACCCAUUGGAAGCAAAACAUCCUUUGGUGUGUAACUGCUUGCUGAAGAACCAAACAUGCCCUUAUGCCAGCAUAUCCUUAAGGAUUGUGGAGCGCUACCGUGAUGGUAUUAAAGUGUUGUAUGCCUCACUGCGAACUGUAAAAGUUGCGCUGGGGAGGCUUUGCUAGACCACGUGAAAGACUACGCCUGUUUUUUUUCUUAUUACCUGUGAAAUAUGUUCACGAACGCUUCAGCGUCUCUGGUGCGGCCAGCUUCUGCGUGCCUAUGGAUGCCUGCUGCCCGAAGGCAGGCCCACGGGGCUCCUCUUGCCUAAACUCUGCAGUGCUGGAGGGGCAGUGGGAGGCAGCCACCCUGCCCUGGGCUCAGGCGCUCCCCCCAUACAUGGCCACAUGGUGACACCUGGCCACCGAUGGAGGUGGGACACAAGCAUUACAGGGACCUUCUGGUCUGAGCAGCUCAGCUAAUCUGCAUGUUGGAGCUAACAAAGCUGAGUGCCUAGGCACGUCCGCUUCCAUCAAUGCAUGCCUUAAAUGGGCUUUUCUGUAUUUCUUUGGUUUGUACAACUGGGACCUAUGAACUGUUCUCUGGUUUGUGAAAUAGGUGUUCAGCGGGGCGGUGAAUCUACUAGGAGAUGGCACGGGUGGUAUCUUGUCACCGCUUUGCUUCCUUCAUCUGCACAGUAAGCACAAUACAGAUGGCUCUUCCUAAGA